AAUUUUGAAGCAACGACAAAAUGCAAUGAUGUCUCAAUCUGUGUGUAUAAACCCAGCUUCGAUUCUGCUAUCUUCCCACCCCUAAACCCUCAUUUCCUAACUAUCUCUUCUCCUCUCCACUCUGCUCCGCCGUCAUCCACCGCAAAACAAUGCAGUCCACUCUCUUCUCCCCCACCAUUUCCCCUCUCCUCCCCACCUUAUCCCACUCCCAUCCUCGCCGUACAGUGCGAGCCUCCGUCGCCGCCGUCGAAACCCAGACCAAGCUCAACAAGUACAGCUCCCGCAUCACCGAGCCCAAGUCUCAGGGCGCCUCUCAGGCCGUCCUAUACGGCGUGGGCCUCUCCGAAGAUGACAUGACCAAACCCCAAGUCGGCGUUUCCUCCGUCUGGUACGAGGGAAACACCUGCAACAUGCACCUCCUCGACCUCUCUGAAGCCGUCAGGGAAGGUGUUGCUCAGGCCGGGAUGAUCCCCUUCAGGUUCAACACCAUUGGGGUGAGUGAUGCUAUCUCCAUGGGUACCAGAGGUAUGUGCUAUAGCUUGCAGUCAAGGGACCUCAUUGCUGAUAGCAUUGAGACUGUCAUGGCUGCUCAGUGGUAUGAUGCCAAUAUCUCCAUUCCUGGCUGUGACAAAAAUAUGCCAGGUACAAUCAUUGCAAUGGGGCGGCUCAACAGACCCAGUAUUAUGAUUUAUGGUGGGACUAUUAAGCCUGGUCAUCAUCAGGGUAAUACAUAUGACAUAGUGUCUGCCUUUCAGUGCUAUGGAGAAUAUGUGAGUGGAUCCAUUAGUGAUGCCCAGAGACAAAGUGUUAUCCGUAACUCUUGCCCUGGUGCUGGGGCUUGUGGUGGAAUGUAUACAGCUAAUACCAUGGCAUCUGCAAUAGAAGCUAUGGGAAUGUCAAUUCCCUAUAGCUCAUCUACCCCUGCUGAGGAUCCUCUAAAGUUGGAUGAGUGUCGUUUAGCUGGGAAAUAUAUUCUGGAGCUAUUGAAGAUGGACUUGAAGCCCCGAGACAUAAUCACUCGUAAAUCACUACGCAAUGCAAUGGUUAUUGUUAUGGCACUUGGUGGAUCUACAAAUGCUGUUUUGCAUUUAAUUGCUAUUGCCAAGUCUGUUGGCAUUGAUUUGACUCUUGAUGAUUUUCAAAAGGUUAGCGAUGAAGUUCCUUUUCUUGCAGAUCUUAAACCCAGUGGGAAAUAUGUUAUGGAAGAUGUUCACAAGAUCGGAGGCACCCCUGCAGUUAUGCGAUACCUUCUUGAGCAAGGAUUUUUAGAUGGUGACUGUAUGACUGUCACUGGAAAGACCCUAGCUGAAAAUACAGAACUUGUCCCUCCUUUGGCAAAAGGGCAGGAAAUAAUAAGGCCAAUAGACAAUCCCAUUAAGAAGACAGCACAUAUCCAAAUAUUAUAUGGGAACCUUGCACCACAGGGAUCUGUUGCCAAAAUUACUGGAAAAGAGGGACUGUACUUCUCUGGUCCUGCACUUGUUUUUGAAGGGGAGGAGGCAAUGAUUUCUGCCAUUUCAGAGGACCCUUCAAGUUUUAAGGGGAAAGUGGUUGUAAUAAGGGGAGAGGGACCUAAGGGUGGUCCGGGCAUGCCUGAGAUGUUAACACCAACAAGUGCAAUAAUGGGUGCAGGCCUCGGAAAGGAUGUUGCACUAUUGACUGAUGGAAGAUUUUCUGGAGGUUCACAUGGGUUUGUGGUUGGUCAUAUAUGCCCUGAAGCACAGGAAGGUGGUCCAAUUGGUUUAAUUCAAAAUGGAGAUGUUAUCAACGUUGAUAUCAAGAAUAGGAGAAUUGAUGUUUUGGUACCAGAUGAGGAGAUGGAAGCACGCAGGAAGAAAUGGACCGCUCCUCCAUACAAAGCAAACCAAGGAGCUCUCUACAAGUACAUUAAAAAUGUGACAAAUGCUUCUAGAGGAUGUGUGACAGACGAGUAGAGUGAACGCAUUUUUGGUGGUUCUGAGAGGAAGAACUGAUCACACACCUAAAUAGCGUUUUGAUGAGGUGUUAUUAUUUUGGCUUCAAGGGUGCAUACCUUUGUAGCUCGGUGUAUCUCUUGUUAGAUUUUCAUUACUUUUUUGUUAUAUUAUUCUGAGAUUAAAUCCAAUCUCUCUUUUCUCUUUCAUCGUUUGUGAUCUUCUUAGCUUUAGGUUUUUAUAGUUGUUGAAAUUUGUAUCAGUUAGUGAUAAAUGUUGGUUUGUCGCCAUGGGAAAAUUCACUUGUACCAGUUGGCAGAAGUUCAACAAUGUAAAAGAGGGCCACAGCAUGUAAAGACUCUUACAAUGGUUAUAUUUUGAGAAAUGUUUCCUCGAUUA